AUGGAAUUAAUAGCGGAAAGGUUCUACACAAACCUUUUCCGUUCCACAAUCCCCAUCCCGGGCCCUAAUAUCCCCGCUGGAGAAAAACCACCUGGAAUUCUUCCGUCGGAGGUUCGAAUUGCGAUAGAAAGCAUGAAAACAGGCGCAGCUCGAGGACCAGAUGAUAUCACUGCAGACUUCCUUAGAGCUAAGUCGCAAUUUACAUGUGCUUCUCGCAAACCAUAUGACGACUACCUGCCCUCAAACCUGCCCAAGAAGGGCGACCAAAGCGGUCUUCGGAACUACCGUCCUAUAUGCUUGUUGAGUGUUCUCUACAAGCUCUUCACAAACAUUAUCUUAUCGCGCAUAUCAAAGACAUUGGAUAAGGCACCACCAGUGGAGCAAGCAGGAUUUCCACAAGGAUCUUGCUGCAUGGACCACAUCCAAACUGUUUCCAGGUUCACUGAAGUUUGUCGAGAAUACCAGCUGCCUCUAGUCCUUAUCUUUGACCACUACGAAAAAGCGUUUAGCAGUGCCGAAACGAAGGUAAUCCCAUCAGUGCUCGUCGACCAAGGAGUGGACCCGUCCUACAUGAGAAUUCUCUCUGACUGUUAUGGAAAUUGCGCUGCGAAAAUACAGCCUUUCAAUUGA